AUGGGAAAAAAGAAUAAAAACGAAAUAAAUGAAAAGCUCUUACCGGAGCAAAGCGAAGCUAACAUUAUUGUUAAUUAGGAUGAAGAAAAUCCAGUAUAGAUUAAAUAGAAGAAGCCUUACAAAACAAGAUACUAAAGAGCUAGCAUUUUUAGCAAAAUUUUUUUUUGGUGGGCAAUACCUUUAGUGAGAUUAGGUAAUAGAAUUCACUUAGAAUAGGAACAUCUUGAUUAGCUAGCUGAAGAUCAAAAAUCAAGCUUCUACUUCAAUCGAUUUAAGAAGAAUUUUGAGAAAUAUUCUGAAAUGAAGUCUAAUUAAGUACUAACAAGAUCAUUAAUAACAACAUUUAGAAGCAGAAUCAUAAUUAGUUUUGUUAUCACCUUCUUUGACAGCUGUGUGCUUAUGAGUACGCCAUAUUUAAUAAAAACAGUUAUUGAAUAUUCAUCUGAGAAAAAUUAGGAUUACAGAAUAGGAAUUAUUUUAAUAUGUGCAGUGGUACUAUCAAGAAUUAUUCUAUGCAUAUUAGAUAGUCAUUCAAACUAUUAGUUUAGUACCCUAGGGUUUGAUUUAACAAAUACUGUUAGUGUUGCUCUCCUUGAAAAAUCAUUAAGGUACUCAUUAUUGAGUACUGAUGAUUAUAAAGUAGGUUCUUUAGUGAAUAUGAUUUAGGUAGAUGGCUAAAGACUUUAAUUUUUGUUCAAUUAAUUUUCUAGUAUAUGUUUCCUACCUCUUUAAUUAGGAUUUGGAAUAUACUUAAUGUCCGAUAUAAUAGGAAUAUCCUUUUUAUUUGGUGUUGGAGUUAUGUUAUUGAUGGGAUUUAUCAAUUUUUUGAUUGGUAGAUUUUCGUUAAAAUACUAAAAACUUUUUAUGAAAGAAAAAGAUGAUAGAAUGAAAAUCACAACAGAAGUAUUUAAUGCGAUUAAAUUUAUCAAAGCUAAUGCUUGGGAGGAAUAUUUUUAUGAUAAAUUAGAUUUAAAGCGCUAAAAGGAGUUAUCUCUUGUAGCUAAAAAAUUCAUUUGUGGUAGUAUGUCAAUAUUUUCAUUAUGGAUAACUCCUAUGUUAAUUAUCAAUGCUACUUUUGCAGGUUAUGUUUUGCUUGGUAACUAAAUGACUCCUGUUAAAGCAUUUACAAUUAUAUCGAUUUUUUCAGUUUUACAGGAGCCGAUUAGAUCUCUACCAGUCAUAAUAAGUAAUUUGAUUGAAACUUAUGUAAGUAUAAAAAGAAUGGAAAAAUACUUGGGCUAAUAAGACAUCAACAAAAAAUUUCUCAAACACAAUCUUGAAGACAGUUCAGAUACAUUUUAUGCUCUCAAAAUCACAAACGGAAAUUUUUAUUGGAGAACACCUCAAAUAAAAAAUGAAAUCGAAAAUUAGCAAGAAUCAUAAUAAAAUGAAAAUAUUAGUGAACAAAAUAAAGGAUAUUAUUCAUCAUUUAUUCCUGUGCAAGAAAGUGAUUAAGAUGAGAAAGACUUACAAAGAAAUAAUUAAAAUAAAUAACCUAACUAGUAGAAAGAAAUAAAUAAAGACUCUGUUGUAGAUAAGGAUAGCUACAUAUCUUAAAAAAACAACUCCACAAUAAUUUUUAAUGAUAAAAUAUAAGACAGUAAUUAAAAUCAGUAGUAAAAUCCACAAAAUCCUGGAUCCGAAAGUAAAUAAUAGAUAGAGAGUCCUCUUCAAACAAAUAAGGAACAAAAUGAUUUUCACAUUCUCAAAAAUAUCAAUAUUACUAUUCCAAAAGGAAAGUUUGUUGCUAUUAUAGGAGAUGUUGGAUGUGGUAAAAGCUCUCUUUUGUAAUCAAUAAUUGGAGAAAUGAAAUAUGAUGAAUAAAAUGAGUUCAAUAUGCCUUAAGUAGAAAUAAACGGAGAUAUUUCAUUAGUUAAUUAAAAACCUUGGAUUCUAAAUGCUACUGUCAAGGAUAACAUAGUUUUUGGAUUUCCAUUUGAUGAAGAAAAAUAUGAGUAGUGUGUCAAAUAUGCUUGCUUGAAAUCAGAUUUUAAAGUUUUGGCAGAUGGAGAUUAAACUUAAAUAGGAGAAAAAGGUGUUAAUUUAAGCGGUGGUUAAAAAGCAAGAGUUUCUCUUGCUAGAUCUCUAUAUAGUAAUAGUUCCAUUUUAUUGCUUGACGACAUAUUGAGUGCUGUUGAUGUUCAUGUUGGUAGAUAUAUUGUUUAAGAAUGCCUCCUUAAAUACAAAAAAAAUACCACAAGAAUAUUAGCUACUCAUGCAUUACACUAUCUUAAAUACAUGGACUACGUAUAUUUCAUGAAAGAUGGUAGAAUAACAUUGGAAGGAGAAUACCAAUACAUAUAAGAAACAGCUGAGUUCAAAUACAUAUAUGAAAAAUUUAUGAAAGACUAAUUUGAGAAAGAGGAGGACUCUGAUAAAAAAGAUGAUAUAAUUUUUUCUGAUGAAGAUAUCUCUCCAAAAAAUGAAAAGGAUAAUCAUUAGCAGCAGAAAAAUAACAAACUGUAAUAGAAUCAACACCAAAGUACAAACGAAAGCGAAGAAGAAUAGUAAAGCUUGGUUUAAAAUCCUAAGAAGAGCAUUACAUUAAAAGGGAAAAAAAAUGGAUCUAUUAUCAAGGAAGAAGAUCCUGAAGAAAUUGAAACUGAUGAAGUUUACAAAGAUUAUUUAAUGCUCAAGGAGGAUAGAAAAAAAGGAAAAAUUUAAUGGAAAGUUGUUAAGUAGUAUCUUAAGAAUAAUGGAGGAUUUUUCUUUAUAUUAGGCGCUUUGAUUAGUAUGACUCUUUGGUAAGGUUUAAAAAUGGCAUCAAGCAUAUGGAUUUCUUACUGGACUGAAGAUGAAGAUGAAUCUAAAAAUAAUUUUUAUUUGACAGGUUAUUCUAUUUUUUCAAUCAGUUAUGGCUUCUUUGCAAUGAUUAGAGCCUUAUUCUGUCUUUUUGGCUCAUUAAAAGAAGCUAGAAUCAUUCAUAGAAAUAUUAUAAGUUCCCUCAUCUUUGCUCCUCUUAAUGAAUUUUUCGAGAGAGUUCCUAUUGGAAGAGUUUUGAAUAUUUUAUCAAAAGAUUUGUCUGUUAUUGACUAAGAAGUUGGUUAUAAUAUAGGUGGUCUUUCAGUAAGCUUUUUUAGUUUAAUUGGAGAUACAGCUCUUUGUGUGUAUUCAAGUAGUCUUUACGUUCUUAUACCUAUUUUCUUAUUUGUAGUUAUUUGUAGAAUCUUAUAGAUGUACUAUAUGAACUCUUAAAGAGAAGUUGUUCGUCUAGAAACUCUAACUCGUUCUCCUAUUAUUUCUUAUUUUACAGAAGCCUUGAAUGGAUUAUCUUCUAUUAGAGCAUUUAAAUAAGAAGAUAGGUUCUUUUAAAAACACUGCAAAAAUAUCGACGAAAAUAAAAAGUGUUAAUUUUCAUUUAUUGGAAUGGAAUCUUGGUUUAAGUAAAAUCUAACCUUUUUAUCACUCAUUGUUAACUCAGCUUCGAUUUCCUUCUGUCUUUUCUGGAAUAAAUAAAACCCUUCUGUUACUGGGCUUCUUUUAACUUUUGCCUUUUCAAUAGACAAUACUGUGAAAUUUUUAAUCGGAAAUUGGAACAAUCUUGAGAAGAACUUUGUUUCAAUAGAAAGAUGCCAUCAAUUUAGUGAAAUUUAAACAGAAAAGGGAUAUGAUAGCUACUUGUAAAAUAGGCAAUAAUAUAAAGAAUAAUUAAUAAAUCCAUUACCAGAAGACUAAGAUAAAUUAUAUCACUGGCCUUAAGAAGGAAAAAUUAUUAUUGAUGAUUUAUACUUGAAAUACAGGCCUAAUUUACCAUGUGUAAUUAAAGGCAUAACAACAUAGAUAAAACCUUGUGAAAAAAUUGGUGUAGUUGGUAGAACUGGAGCUGGUAAGUCAACUAUUACACUUUCUUUACUCAGAAUAAUUGAAGCUUUUAAAGGAAAAAUAACCAUUGAUGGAGUAGAUAUCUCUUAAAUCCGCCUUGACUAAUUAAGACAUAAAAUCACGAUUAUUCUUCAAGAUCCCAUUCUUUUUGAUGGCACACUUAGAGAUAACAUAGAUCCCUUAAAUAGAUUUAAGGAUGAAGAGAUUAUAUAAACUUUAGAGAAAUGCUAAUUAUCAAAACUAACUUAAUCUGAAAAGGGAUUAAACACAUAUAUUAAUGAGGGUGGUGAUAAUUUAAGUGUUGGUGAAAAGCAACUAGUCUGUAUAGCAAGGGCUUUAUUAAAAAAAAGUAAAAUUGUCCUAAUUGAUGAGGCUACAGCAAAUAUUGAUAUAUAAACUGACCAUUUAAUCCAAUAAACUAUAUCAAACGUUUUUAAAGACUGUACAGUCCUUACUAUUGCACAUAGAUUAAAUACAAUCCUUAACAGUGAUAGAAUUUUAGUUUUAAGCUAAGGUCGUAUUGAAGAAUUUGACAGUCCUGCAAACCUAAUUAAAAAUCCAAAUUCCCAUUUCUAUUCUUUAUAUUAAGAAUCAGUAAAAGAAAAUAAAAUUUGA